AAGCAGCGCAAGGGUGUGGUAGGUGCUGGUGGUGUUGAGGAGGAGGAUGAGGAGGAGGAAGACGGGGAAGAGGAGGAAGAGGACGCUGUGAUGGAGGUCGCUGGUCGUGGGGUUCCUCCAGUGCCGCCCCAGCAGCAGCAGGGGCAGGGGCAGCAACACCAGCCGCAGGAGGUGAUGGCAGAGGAAGGGGCUGCUGCUGCUCCCGCUACCGCCGCUGCUGCUGCUGCUGCUGCUGCUGCUGCGGAGGAGGAGGAGGAGGAGGAGGAGGAGGGGGCGGGGCAUCAGGCGGGCGGCAGCAGGGGUACUGCUGGCGGCGUCAGUGGUGCUGGAGCGGGGGCAGCAGCGGGUGGAGACGGCGGCGGCGGCGGCAGCGGCGAUGAUAGCAGCGAGAGCGAUGAGGACGAGGAGGAGCAGGAGGAGAGUGGUCAGGAGGGGAAUGCUGCUGCUGCUGUUCAUGACGAGGUCGACGACGAGGAGGAGGAGGAGGAGGAGGGUGACGGUGAGGAGCUGGCGGCGCUGCUGGGGGACUUCCCGCUGCCCUUCAGCGUCAUUGCGGCGGCAGCGGCAGCAGGGGCGGGGGCAGCCAACACAGCGGCAGCAGCAGGAGCCCUGUCUGACGGCACUGCAGCGGCGAGGGCGGCAGGGACUGCUGCCGGGGCUGGGGCUGGGGCUGGGGCAGCUGCGGGCCCCUCCGCUGCUAGCGCCAACGGAGCAGGCGGCAUCAACACCAGCAGCGGUGGCAACGCUGGGGUUGGCGCGCUGACCAGCAGAAACCCCCACGCCUCUGCAGCAGCCCCAGCAGCAGCAGGGGCAGGGGCAGGCGGCGCAGGUCCCUCCACAUCUGCAGCAGCCCCCACAGCAGCAGCAGCAGCUCCAGCCCAGGAGGGUGCUGCGGCCCCGCGGCCCCCCACCCCACCGCCCCUGCCGCCCACCACCGUCCCCCUGCUAUCAGCGGUGUUGGCGCCGCAUGCUCGCUUCCAAGCCCCCCAUGUCCACCCCCAUGACCGCCCUCACCAUCAUCCGGCAGCCCUGUCGCCGCCUGCGCCGCUGCCCGCCGGCACCCCGGGCCACGUGGUGGCGGCCUACGAGAGGCUCACACGGGCGCUAGACGCCAGCAGCGAACGCGCGCUGCUGCACGGGCGGCUGCUGUCCGCCUGCUGCGACUGCUGGGUGCGGCUGGUGGCGCUGUACCGGCAGCAGCGGGGGCGGGCGGGGCAGCGGGCGAGGAGGCUGCGGGGCCAGGUGGCGGCGCAGGGGAAGCAGAUGGAGCAGCUGAGGUCCCAGCUGCGGCGCCAGGCUGCCACAGUGCAGCAGCAGCAGCAGCGGCUGGAGGCGGCGCAGGCGGAGGAGGGCAGGCUGCGAGCGAUGGUUGCUCUGGUGAAGCAGCAAGCGGUUGACGCGGUUGCGACUGUACGACAACAGGAGGUUGCAGAGGCUGUAGCGGAGGCUAAACGACAGAAAGACGAGGAGAUGCAGCGGCAGUUGACAGUUGUACGGCAGGAGGCAGCACGGCAGUUGGAGCAGCAGUUGGAAGCCGUACGGCAGGAAGUUGUCCGGCAGGCAGCGGUACGGCAGGAGGCACUUGUACGGCAACACGAGGAAGCCGUACGGCAGCGCGAGGAGGAGUUGUCACAGCUUCGACAGCGCGUGCUUUCGGAGGCACGGGAGGCGGAGCGAUUGCGAGGGGAGCUUGCGGAAGUACGGCAGAGGCAAUCUGCUACAGCUGCUGCGGGUCCUUCGCCCGUGGUAGCCGGGCCUGGCGGGGCUGUAGCAGGUACGGCAGCGACCCCAGCAGCAGCAGGUACGGCAGCGGUAGCAGGGGGUUGUACGGCAACCACCUCACCACCACCUCCACCGGCAGCAGCAGCAGCAACGACAUCAGGGGCAGGGGCAGGACCUCUGGCAGUUGCAGCGGCGGCGGGUGGCAGCGGCGGCGGCAACAUUGGUCGCGGCUACAUUGCUGAAUACCUAAGCUGCCUGGAGGCCAGUGUGGCCCGCCUGCGCUGCGAGCUGGCGGGGGCGGCGGAGCAGCGGGCGGAGGAGCGGCGGGUGCUGGAGGAGGAGGCGGGCAGGUGGCAGCGGCUAGCCAAGGGGGCGCUCCUGGGCCUUCUCGCGCCCCAGGCCGGCGACAGUCCCCCCCGGGCCCUUGCCCCGCCCCACCCGCCACCUCCACCCUUUGCUGCUGCUGCUGGUGGGGAGCAACCCCAGCAGCAGCAAUCGGGUUCCCACCGCCACCGCCACCACCACCAGCAGAACCAGCACCAACCACAAAACAUGGCAUCCAUGCUGGCACUAAUGCAGCAACAGCAACAACAACAACACCCGCAGCAGCAGCAGCAACCUCAACACCUGCUCUCCCGCGCUCAACCCCACUCCCACUACUCCCAACAGCAGCAGCACCCGCAGCAACAGGGCGCUCCCCCGGCCCCCAUGCUGUCGUCGUACCAACAUCCCUACUCGCUACUGCAGCAACAGCAGCAGCAACAACAGUCGUACGGAAACAUGUUUGGCAUUCUGAGCGCUGCUGGUGGUGGGGGUGGUGGUGGUGGGGGUGCAGGCGGGGAGUUGUAAUGCUGGUG